UGCAAAACUUUUUACUAUUAUGUAGAGUUAUCCAUUAGUUUGAGCAAAAAAAUAAACAAAACAAUCUCUGCAGCAAUCUAAAAUGUAACACAAAUAGUAAGAAACCUCCUGCCAUAGAUGUCAAAGAUUGGCAGUCGUCUUAUGUGCUGAAUCAUUUAAUACAGUAACAUAAUACCUAACCAAUUUUAAAAAUGUAUCAUUCUAUCAUUUAUGUAAAAAGACUAACUAGCUGACUUUAUGUUGAGCUAAUAACGUUAUGCUGUAUUGCUAUGGCGCUUGCUGUAGCACGAGCUAGCUAGCCAUAAUUCUUUGCUAGUGUCGACUAAACAUCCGUGUGUGUGUGUGUGUAUAUAUACAUAUAUAUAUAUAUAUAUUCAUUUGCAAAAACAGGUAACUCCAAUUUAUAAAUUUUCAGAAAACGAUUUUUUUUAUUGUUUACUUGAGAUAACACCAAUAAUUUAUUUUUUUCUCUAUUUUGUCAUGUAUUUUUCUGAGUCAAAUCCACUCAACUUCAGUUUGAUUGAUAUAAUCUCAAGUAAACAAAAGUUUUCUGAAAAUUUAUCAAAACAGAGUUACCUGUUUUUGCAAAUGAACUCUUUUGUUUUUGCUCCCAUUUUUUAUGAGAUGAACUAAAAGAUCUAAAACUUUUUCCACAUACACAAUAUCAUCAUUUCUCUCAAAUAUUGUUCACAGAUCUGUCUAAAUCUGUGAUAGUGAGCACUUCUCCUUUGCUGGGAUAAUCCAUCCCACCUCACAGGUGUGCCAUAUCAAGAUGCUGAUUAGACACCAUGAUUAGUGCACAGGUGUGCCUUAGACUGCCCACAGUAAAAGUAACAUACUUGUAUGGGUCAAAAUGUCUCCAUCGGAUUCUUUCCUUACAUUUAGUUCUAUAGUUUCACUGUAGUCCAUUACAUCCUAAUUACCCUCUAAAUUAGUUCAGCUAAGCAUAUUUCUUGUCUACAUAUUACGUUGAUGUUGAAAAUAUAAACAUUUUUAAAAACAAAAUAGACAUACACUUUUAAUUUUUAUAUUUUUAAUACCUUUAUUUGGCAUUUCUUCCACUUAAAUGAAAUUAUUAAUGCAGGACCAUUACUUGUAUUAUUAUUAUAGUGUUGAAUUUCUAAUUAUAUAUAUGAGUAAACAGCUAAAUAUUUCCUCCACCUCUGUUUUGGGGUCAUUGUCUGCUUUAUUUUAGCGUGAUGCGUUCACUGCUCUGUCAUCUCUGUUUGUCUCCUGAAGAAGGCGCCAUAGAUUAACCAAGACAAACGGUGGAUUUCUUUUUUUUUUCUUUUUUUAUAUCCGUUUCACACUGUCCUGCAGUUUCUGUCCUGCAGAAACACAUAUUUAUUGCGCGUUGAGUACUCAGUCACGCACAUGUAAAAAAUGAAGUCCACGUUUUUCUUCUUUUCCAUCAUUUGGUUUGCAGCUGCAGAGUUAAAACCCCGGAAAGGUAAGACCAGACCCUGCUGAUGCUUAUUCUGUCCUGAUCAAACGUGUGGGGCUUUAAAUGUGGACAGGCGUGAAAAUGUCACUCAAAUAAGAAAAGUUUGCUCGGACUGCGCUACAUUUUCAAUCCUCUGUUGCUCCAAGCACAACGUUGGUGUCUUGUUGUGAAGUUUAUUUUCUUAAUACUGUCACAGAAGACUCUCAAAGUUUAAUCCUGCUUUGCUAAAAGGUAGUGAGAAGAAGUGGAGUGAGUUGCAUUUGCAGUUUUGCAUGUUUUAGCCCAGUUUGCAUUACUUCGAAGCUGUGGAAGAUGUUUUUUGCGCACGUGAAAAUGCCUUUAAUUUUUGUCGAUCGCUUAAUCUGCGCCAUAUGCGUUUCCUAAUGGCUCAUCCUUCUCAUUCUUGACACCCAGGCUCCUCCGGGGUGGUAUGUACUUUUAAAGACAAGACAUAUAGCCCAGGAGACAGUUGGCAUCCCUAUCUGGAGCCUUUCGGCUUCAUGUUCUGCAUGCGCUGCGUCUGCACAGAGACGGGCCAUGUGAAAUGCAACACAAUCAAGUGUCCCACUCUGCCAUGUGAGAACCCAGUAGCUGAGCCUCAGCAGUGUUGUCCAAGAUGCACAGAUGAACCCAGGAUCCCUGCGGGGCUGAGAGCCUCGGUGAAAUCCUGCAGGUAUAAUGGAAGUAUUUACCAGCCGGGGGAGACCUUCACUAAACACGACCUCUUCCCAUUCAAGCAGAGCAACCAGUGUGUUAUGUGCACAUGUUCUAAUGGAAACAUCUUCUGCGCUCUGAAAACAUGCCAACCCAUCACCUGUUCCUCACCAGUUUCAGUUCCAGAUACCUGCUGUUUGGUGUGUAAAGAUCAUGGCUCCAGUGGAUCCUCAUCAACCGAGGAUGGAAACCAGCAGCUGAACAGAGGCGUUAGGCAUUCAGUUGACCAGUGUUCUGGCGAGCAGAACAGGGUGCGGUCCGACCGGGCCACUCCCCCCAGGGUCAAGACUUCUCCCAGAGGCCUGAGCCUUAGUAAACUUAACCUCAAAGGGGCUUCGGAGACCACUGUGAAGAUUUUGUUGCAGAGGAAGCACCAAAGAGGUGAGACGUCGUCCAAACAAAGAUCACUUAUAGCGUGUUUGUACAAUGGCAAGACAUACUCUCAUGGAGACAUGUGGCAUCCAGUUUUGGGGAAGGUCCUGGAAUGCAUCCUGUGCACUUGCACUGACGGCCUCCAGGACUGUAAACGCAUCACAUGCCCCAGUCAGUAUCCAUGCCAACACCCUAUGAAAUCAGCGGGAAAGUGCUGCAAGACAUGUCCAGAGAGUAAAGCUGAAAGUAACCAGACCCAGUGCUAUCUCGGAUAUAAAAAUAACCUCCUGGUGUAUAAGGUAGAUUCAUCGCUGAAAGUUGACUCACCCAACACAGUCAGGAUCAUUGCUGUUGAAAGACAAAGUACUGCAGAGGUUGAAGUACAAGUAUGGAACACCGUAGAAGGCGCUUUACAAUUAAUGGAAAUUGGUGAUGUUCAAAGAAAAGACAUUGUGGAUCAUCCAGAAAACUACACGUUGCUUACAACACUUGAUGAAGAGACGUGGAAAAAAUUUAAGGACGAGGGAGCAAAUCUGAGCAAAGCGCCUCAGACCACAAUUUGUGAAGACGGCAUUCGAGAGAUGGUGACUUUCUUAAACCCCAAGCAAACUGAAGGCCAAUGUUCACCGUAAUAGUCCGUCUUCAUGUCAGUAUUCUCAAUAACACACUCUCACAUAUGUACUUAAAGCUCACAUGGUGUAUUUGGAUGCCAUUCUUGUGAGUGGAAUUUUUCAUUUAUAAUGUUUUUCUUAUCAGUUAAUUGAUACAUAAUUGUCCAUCAUGUUUUAAUCAUCACAGACUUUCUUGUAAAUUAUUAGGUUGAACAACACAGACUGUAGCUGCGUGUUUGACAGUUGCCUUGGUCAAAAACUGCACUUGUAAUAAUUCAGACAUUAGUAGAUUUGAUGGAUGUCAUUGGAAGCACUUAACAAAAUAUGAAUGUGGAGUAUAAAGCUCAGAGUGUCCUCAUCCGGUUAUAAAUCUCAGGGUGGGGACUUCAUAAACUCAUUUUUAUGUGCAUUUAUAAAGUGAUAGAUUACGUUGUGGGAUCAGUAUUUCUCAAACAAACAUUUGCUUAACUAUGAGAAAGUACUUUGUAUUUUUGAAUCUGUUUGGCAAGGGACCGCAUUUUGUUUAGAAUGUAAAAGGUUUUUUAAGGAUGUUAUGAUCGACAUAUUUAUUGUAAAUACAAGUUGAGGUUUUGUCAGUCACCUUAUUUAAAGUGUAUUGUAUUAUUUCUUUGUAUAUAUAUUUGACUGUUUAAAGGCUUUUUUCCGUGAUGUAGCCGGAGGCAUUAUGUAGGAAUAAAUGCACAGCAACUUCACAACUGUGUAUUGUUUAGUAAGGAAACAGAGCUUAUUUCUCUCUGAUGUCAAAUAAAGACCUACUGUAGCUAUUUUUAA